AACGGAAAGAUAUAUAAAUCUUUUUUGUUUCUCUAAUAUAGGAAUAGGAAUAUAUUAUAUAAAUAUUAAUAAUAUUUUAUAUUGGAUAUAGAUAUAGAUUACUUUAUAAUGGAUGUCCUCUUUUUGAUAGAAUCACAAGAAAUAUUUGAAAAGGUGGCACAAGAAAUUGUAAAUAAUUUGUAUGGAUCUAAAGUUGUGUUACUCGAUGAUGUAGAAAUCAGUAUAAUCAAACAAGCUAAGGAUGAUUUUAAGAAUAUUAUUUCACUGUGUAAUUUUGAUAUGACUAAAGUUAAAGAAGUACUACUGGAAAAAGGUUGGAAUGAAUAUAAACUGAAGUUUUUCUUUUCUUUACUUGAUACUAGAAAGAAUGAAUUACUUUAUGAAAUAUUAUUGAGUCAUAACAGCACAUUUGGUGAUACUAUAGCAGGCUUCGAUUGGUAUUUAAAAAUUGUGCUGGGUACAAGUGAAUUAAAAAUAUUAAAGUAUCCUUUGUUACAGCUUAUACUUUCAAUUAAUUCCAGUGACGACCAAAAACAAAGAGUAUAUGAUGUGAAUAAAAUUAUUUUAAGCAAAAUGAUAAAUAUUUUAGAACAAAUUAAUGAAAUAAAAGUGUAAUCCAAUUGACAUUCAUUUUUCUUCUAACUACCUGGUCUAAUUUAACUAACAAUUUCUGUCGAAUAAUGCAAUAUUAUUUUGAUAUAUUCUUAGUAGAAUGGUAGUCCAUUGACAUUGGUAUCUGCGCAAGACAUUU